AUUGAAUGAUAAAAGAAUCAUCUCAGAUUCAUUUCCAGUUUGCUAUAUAAUUUUAUUUGUAUAUGACGGAUAUUACUAGGUACGAAAAUGAAAAUCAAAGUUCCUAAAUUUUUUAAAUCAGUGAGAUAUUCGUUAGCAGCUAUAAAUGGCUUAUUUUUGCUAACCGGGAUUCUUAUGCUGCUUGUCGGGGUGACGAUUUUGGUACAAUACCUGAAUUACGAGUUGCUAAUUACGAAGAAAUUCUUCACAUUACCACGGUUCGCCAUAGGCAUUGGAGUGAUCAUAUUAUUGGUGUCAGUUCUCGGCUUCUACGGCGCUAUAUCGGAGGGCUUUUAUUAUAUAGCAGCGUAUGUGAUCUUAUUGAUAGUCGUGUUAAUUUUUGAGAUGUCCAUCGUUAUAGCCAGUUAUGGCCUAAAAAAUAAUGCCGUCUCCGAGAUACGGACGACAAUGGAGGAGACUCGUCAGCUCUAUGGUUCCCGAAAGGAGAUUACCGUCUUAUGGGAUGAAUUGCAAAUGAAUUACGAAUGUUGCGGCGUGACCGGUCGUCAUGACUGGAUAUCCAAUCAGAUACCGGUGAGCUGCUGCCACAUAGACUAUGGAACUGUGUCCCCAUUCGAGUGUGGCCUAGCCAACGCAUACAGCACUGGCUGCGCUGCCGCUCUCGGACAGUGGCUCAGUUAUAAGGCACAUGUCCUGGCCAUCAUUUCGCUGCUUGUCACCUGUUUACAGGUAUUAAUAACAGCAGCUGCUGGAUGGCUCGCAUAUAGAUCUAAGUUCUCAGAGGUCCAAUUGGAGUCAUAAAAUAUGUAAUAUAUGUACAUAAUAGCUGGAUAAGUAGCAAUAAAUAAAUACUUAAGGCGUAUAAUAAGUUGACCGUUUAUUUAAAGAUUUCAUAAUGAGAUAUUUAUAAGUGACGGACGUAUUUAUCGAUUGAAACUUUUUUUUUACAACGCGCAUAAAAAAGAACAGAACGCCGGAUGUUGCUGUCUCGUUCUAUCUUAGCAUAUGAUAUCGUCACUUGUGUAUGCUAUUGGACCUUCGUAAGUUUAGAAAAACAACAAAAUUUGGAAUUAACUUUACUGGAUGUGUAAUCAAUAUUGAGGCUCAACAUUUUUUAAUAUUUUUCAAACCAAAAGAAUAUACUAAAUAUUCUUUUCUUUUUUCGGUAAACUGAAAUUAGUAUUUGUUUGUGUAAUAAAAUUAAUUUUUAUUCAUUAAUAAAUUCAUUGUUAUUUCAUUACAACAUUGUAAGAUUUUUUCACUAGAUGUUAACAAAAAUAUUUUAUGAAUAAAUGAGUUUAAAUAUGUA